AUGGCUUUCAACGCUUCAGAGAAGAUUGUAGAGUCAUCAUCAUCAGCAAGCCCAACUGAACUAGCCUCUUAUGGAAACCGUGUGUUAAAAACUAGUGAGAAGCUCAUUUCUACAUUAGUGAAGCCGACAGUCACAAGUGCCAGUGUCAAUUUUACUCUUCCUGCUGUAGAGGGUCAAGUCUUCAUGGUUGGACCACAGGUCACCUUACAUAAAAUGCCUCGACUUGACACAACAAAUUCUUCUGUGGACAUCGAUCUCAUUGGGAUGUCCAAGAACAACACUGAAAGAUCAGCUGCUGUGGCUUUCAUGAGCUAUGUCACGAUGGAGAAUCUACUGAAGCCAGACUUCUUCAACACAUCAAAUGACACAGUUAAAACCAUGAUGUCCACUGUGAUCUCAGCUACUCUUCCCAAAACCACCAACACUAAACUCACCAAACCAGUCAACUUCACCUUCAGACACAUCAGAGAGUUUGAUCACAGUGGUUCUCUGACCUGUGUGUACUGGAAUAUCAGCGAGUGGAUUGUAGAUGGUUGUUCUGUUUUAGAGUUCAACCGCAGCUACACUGUGUGUUCCUGUGUUCAUCUGUCCACAUUCGCUCUCAUCAUGCAAACCAGCCGCCCACCAGAGAGUGACCCACUGCUGGAUCUGUUGAAUUUGGUGUGUGUGAUCGUGGGGCUGGUGUUCUUCAGUUUGGCCCUGUUGACCUUUGCCUUUUGUCAGUGGAGUUCUUUAGUGAAUAAUGUGGCUCGAAUCAACAUCUGCAUCAGUCUUCUGCUGGCUCACCUUCUGUUCCUGCUCACACAGCAGUUCCUGAAUCUCAUACGGCCUCAGCAGGUGUUGUGUGCAGUGAUCUCAGGCCUUCUGCACUUCCUCUUUCUCUCCGGCUUUGUGUGGAUGUUCAUUGAAGCUGUGCUGCUCUUCAUCUGUGUGAAGAACCUAUCAAAGAUCAGCUCUAAAAAGAGGGCGGUGCUUAGCACUGGAUUCCUGUGUGUGAUUGGAUAUGUGGUUGCUCUGGUUGUAGUGUGUGUGUCUGUCGGUCUGGUUCCUGAAGGCUACGGCAGUGAAAACUGCUGGAUUAAACUGGAUAAAGGCUUCAUCUGGAGUUUUAUUGGUCCUGUUUGUGUCAUACUAGCUGCAAACACAAUUCUCUUCAUCAACAUUGUCAUCAGUCUGAACUCAGCUUUCAAAAGUCUCAAUGCUGAAGUUUCACAGAUUAAGCAAACCAAGAUUAUGGUGUUUAAAACACUGGCUCAGUUUGUGGUUCUUGGUUGCCCCUGGAUUCUUGGUGUCUUCACUGAUAACAAGAAAGUGCUGGAGAUCAUCUUCCUGAUCUUGAACUCCCAGCAGGGAACCUUCAUCUUCCUGAUCUACUGUGUCCUCAAUAAAAAGGUCAGGGAGCAGUACAGGAAGUUCUUCAGAUGUCUUUGCUCAAACAACACUGAGGACUACAGCAUCACGUUCAGAGUAACCACUGAAUAAGUAAUAAGUAAUACAAUUCUGCUCAAGUGCCAUUAAUAUACAGCUGAUUUUAUGUAACAAAAUCUAUGUUUUUGUAUGCUAAAUGUUAAAGUCUCAGAUCAUUUCUGCAAAUGAAAGAAAACAUGUUAUUCUACAGUGUCUUAUUUUAUAGCUUCUAUAUAUUUAUUAAUAUU